AUGGCAGGAACGAAGGGCGACGACGGACCGGCCAUCGGCAUCGACCUCGGGACGUCCUACUCCUGCGUGGCCGUGUGGCGGCCGGUGCACCAGCGCGUGGAGGUCAUCGCCAACGACCAGGGCAACCUCACCACGCCUUCCUGCGUCGCCUUCACCGACACCUGGCGUCUCAUCGGCGACGCGGCCAUGAACCAGGCCGCCAUGAACCCCGUCAACACCGUCUUCGACGCGAAACGAUUGAUUGGUCGACGAUUCAGCGAAGAGUGUGUGCAAGGAGAUAUGAAGUUGUGGCCAUUCAAAGUCAUUUCAGGCACCAGCGAUCGGCCGAUGAUUGUGGUGAAGUACAGGGGUGAGGAGAGGCAGUUCACAGCGGAAGAAAUAUCGUCCAUGGUGCUUGUCAAGAUGAGGGAGACAGCCGAGGCCUACCUCGACACUACGGUGAAAGAUGCUGUCAUCACUAUCCCAGUCUACUUCAACGACUCGCAGCGCCAGGCCACCCUUGAUGCCGGUCUCAUUGCUGGCCUCAACGUCACACGCAUCAUCAACGAGCCCUCGGCCGCCGCCAUCGCCUACGGUCUUGCCAAGUAUGUGUACAAGCUAAGCAACCUCGCAAGAACACCCUUGCUGAAAUAUAUGGAUGAUUUUGCAUUGUUUAUCCGUUGCCCCGUCGCCUGA